GCCGGGGCUCCACCCACGUGCCGCUGGCUGUAGAAGUUGGGAACACAUCCUGCACGUAGCAGACGUAUUAAAUCAGAGAGGGGGCCCAUCUGCUUGCCUUGGUGAAUAAAUUGGAAAGGAGUUUUGCCGGACGUGGCUCCCCAAAAAGGGGGAGUGAUCCUAUCAGCCCAAAAAAAGAGGGGGGGUGUUCACGUCUCACACUUAUCUACACCGAUAGCAAAGAGCUUCAGCAAUUGUCUGUCGACCAAGGUGUUCCUCUUGCAGUAGGUGGAAGGCAGCCCCCGGGGCCCCCGGGGAAGUGGUGGAAUCGCCCUUCAUUCCAUUCUUCAGUCUUGCUUGGGUCGCCAGGAGUGGCGAGGAGCGGAGACAGUGACCGCUGGUUGCACGGAACACCGAAUGUUACUUCAGCAAAACUUUUUGAGCGCUCCGCUUCGUUGCUUCCCUGACAGAUCAACUCCUGCCUGGCUGCGGUUCCCCAUCCCGACAUCUAAAGGGGUUAGAUAUUCUUUUAAGCGAGCGGCCGAUUCCUUUUGUUAGAAUAACCCGAUAUCCGAGCAGCCUCUGUGACCAAAUGCUCGAUUGCUCUUUUGGAUAUUAUUUAAAGGUGAGAAAUCAAUCGCAUUACUGAAAUGCCAUUGGGCGAUAUUAUGAGAUUAGACUUGGAGAAAAUCGCCCUGGACUACAUUGUACCUUGUUUGCGCGAUAUUGGCUUUUGCUACUUGGACAAUUUCUUGGGCGAGAUAAUAGGGGACUGCGUCUUGGAAUGUGUUAAACAGAUGCAUUAUAGAGGGGAGUUGCACGACGGUCAACUGGCCGGCCAGCGCCAGGGCAUCUCCAAGAGACACUUGCGAGGAGACCAGAUAAAAUGGAUCGCAGGCACCGAGGAAGGAUGCGAGGCCAUCAACUUUCUCUUGUCGCUGGUAGAUAGGCUGGUGAUGUUUUGUGGCAGUAGAUUGGGUAAAUACUAUGUCAAGGAAAGGUCUAAGGCUAUGGUAGCUUGCUAUCCUGGGAAUGGAACUGUUGUGCGUCAUGUGGACAAUCCCAAUGGAGAUGGGCGAUGUAUCACCUGCAUUUAUUACCUGAACAAGAACUGGGAUUCAAAGCUGCAUGGGGGGAUCCUACGAAUAUUCCCCGAAGGCAGGUCCUAUGUAGCUGAUGUUGAGCCCAUCUUUGACAGAUUCUUUUUUUGGUCAGACCGAAGAAACCCACAUGAAGUGCAGCCUUCCUAUGCAACAAGGUAUGCAAUGACUGUAUGGUAUUUCGAUGCAGAGGAAAGAGCAGAAGCCAAAAAGAAAUUCAGGAAUUUAGUUGAUGCAGGAAAGACAGAAGCAGUUCUCGGUGAAGACUGAAUAACAAAUGACUUGAUACAAUUUUUGUAUAAUGAUAAUUUUCAGACUAUUUGCAAGCAAUAAGAUCCAAAGAUUACAUGGUCUGUUUUUUUUGAUUAUCGGAUAUUCUUCAAUGCACUAUUUUUGACAUUACCUAAUGUUUGCAUAUUACCACGAUGGUACUCAUGACAGCUUCCAAUCUCUUCUAUUUGGCAUAAGCAUCCCUCUUCUCUUCUUGCCUUUGAAUUGAAGAAUACCACCCGAAUGAAGAAUAUCACCAAGUCUCAUAUGAUAUCAAGUUGAAGAUGGCAAUACUAGUAAUAAAAUACUAAACAUUUGAAACAAUUGAGGAACCUGAGUCUAUUUGCACUUUAGUUACAUUUUCUGGUUCGGUGGAAAGGAACUUUACGAAGGAUCCUCACUGGCAGGUUACAGAUGAGCAACACAAGCAAGCCAAGAUGCAAACCAGAACUGCACACUUGUCAGGAGCCAAAUUCAUUGUGUCAGUGCAGAGCAUUUGAUGGUGUGCCUCAUCAUUUUGCUUACAGACUAUUAUUGGCUUAUUUGGCCUGGCUCAUUGCCAAAUCGAAGCCUCCCACUUGCCAUAAAAUUGCCUGGAUUUUAUCCACAUUGUUCAAGCCAAGCAACAGCAGUUCUAUCACUUUGCCUUUUUAGAGCUCCCAAACAGAAGUGGUAGUCGUUGUGCACCUACCUGUAGUGUUCUUAAAAAAUAGUUUCUGCGUGGGGUAGCUCUGGGAAUUAUAUUUAUUAUCACUUAAAACUGUUUUGCAAAAUAGCCAACCAGCCUCACCAGCUCCUGCCCGUUACAAACUUUGGGAAAUGUUGAUGGCAAGCUAAGAGCAAGUAUGCCAAGAAAUCAUCUAAUCAAAUUUCAUUUUCAUUUUAAUAUUUUUCAACUGAUCUUCCACUAGUCACAUAUUGCAUGUGACAAAAACUGAACUCCGGCGAUUGUUAAGAUGGGCUUGAUGACUAACUAGCUGUUGAAGAGACAUAGAAAGCCAUGUCCAGCUGGCUCUUAACUGUUACACGGGAAGCAUUUUCAGUGGCCACUGAAAAUGACAUGUAAACGGGCAUUUGGUUGUGGUGAAAAUUUCACAUCUGUUAUAUAAAUGGGGGCUAAGAUUGUACAACUGAAUUUUAGACCUAAUCACUGUUGUUUUGGAACUCGUAAGAAAGUGUGCUUUGAACUGUAAACUUACAACUCAGUCUUGAGAUUUGAAAUGCCAGCAAAAUAAAUAAUGUGUUAGAUGGGAUACUCCAGUUGCUAUACAUAUGCAGUGUCAUAUAGCAUGAAUCUUGGAUGCACUAUGAAAAUAUUUAAGAUAAGAUUCAUAGAUCUGUAUUGUCAGCACGAGGUCAGGACAUAGGUUGCUAUCAUGAUGUACUGUAUUGAGAUUACAAAUACAGAUAUAAAAUGUGGUCCCAAAUGUCACUUUGCUAGCGAUAAAUUCCUGCAUUGAAGCUAUGGGUUUUACAGAGAGAGAUUAUGAAGCACACACUUUCUUCGAAUGUCACUUUUUCAAAGAAAAGAACCUCUAAUGAAUAAACUUAGUAGCAAAUGCACUUAGACAAAAAACAUUGUUUUCAUCAAAAUAUGCAAUGAAUGAAUGCAAUUCAGUCCUUUGAAGUUAAUUGCUCAUUUCUCUGUAGUCUCUAGCAAUGUUUUGAAUAUGGAGACUGCAUUUGUUCUUCCAUGUGUCCAUACUUUCCUCCGGAUUCCAUUUUGAUACUUCCUUUUCAUUCCAAUUAAAACUUUUUGGUUCGGUUUUGGCUAUUAUGGCUUUAAACAGGAUGUCUGAUACAAUAUUUCCUUGUAUUUUCUGGAGACAUGGAAGUCACUUCCCCAAAAUAAGAGCCACAGAAUAAGGCUAGUAUAUUUAGGAAUAGUGCAGACUAAGUCCAAAUCCAACUGAGAGUAUUUUUUCAACAACACAGUAUGUAUAAAGCAAUACAAUAUCUAACAAAAUAGCAAUUGUUUACUUCAGGAAACAAAGCUCUCCUGUCUGCAUUUGAUGUCUGAAUUUUAAGGCACUCUAUGAUGAUUCCUUUUCUUCUUAAAUAUUCCCUUGAAUGUUCAUCUUUGAUCACAUAGUUUUAUACAUGGAGACUUUAUGAUGUGUUUUUCUUGUAUAAAAUUUCAGGAAAAAACGGUCAGCUUAAAUUUGACUUGUGCAAAAUAGACUUAAAAACUAAUUGCUUUCAUUUGUGCUAGUGAGUGAUUUCCCCCCUCCCCUUUCUUGUGUAAAGAGCUCAUCAUUGGAAGGAAAAUUGUGGCUAUAUACACUUGGAAUCAGGAGAAUUUUAUAGGCAUCCAAGUGAGAUUUUACAAAUCAAAAGACCAUAGUAUUUAUUUUAAAAAAACAUGGAAAGCGUCUGGUAGCAUCUUAAAAAUUGAUAGGGAUUAUAGCUUGACUCUCCUAGACGACAGUUGACUAUAAUAUUUUUGUUCCUUUUUGGCUGCCGCAGACUACGAUACCUAACCUUCUAGAAAUCACCUGAAAGAGUAGCAGCCCAAGCAUGCUUAUUUCUAUUCUAUGUUACAGCAUUCAAGUCUCAAAUCUCAAGAACAGAAAAAGAUGUUUGCUCCACGGCUACUCAGUACAUCUUAUUGGGAAGGGAACAGUUGAAUCAUGAAGUGGAAGGCAAUCGGAGAAAAUUCCUGGUCAGGAAAUGGGUGAUGCCUGCCUUGCCAGUUGCUAAGUCUAUUCAACCAUAACCUUAAAGCAGUGGUUUCCAAACUUGGCAACUUUAAGACUUGUGGACUUCAACUCCCAGAAUUCUCCAGCCAGCUCUGCUCCCAGAAAUCUGGGAGUUGAAGUCCACAAGUCUUAAAGUUGCCAAGUUUGGGAACCACUGCCUUAAAGGAAUCCAUCAUCAUCUCAAUGAUGCAUCCUUGAAGAGAUAUAGUAAAAUAUAUAAUUACUGGGAAUUUAGUACUUUGUUACUAGAAAUAAGUAGGAAUGCAGACUACUAUGUCUGAAAAAACAAAGAUUUGUUUGCCUAGGUCAGGAAACUUGCAUAGCAUUCUUCAGUUUCCUUUCAUUUGGAAAAAAAACCUCUGAUCCACAGUAGCUUCUUCAAAGGAAAAAAACCCACACACCUCAUAACUCCACAUUCUCUUUCAAGAAAUAGGUGUUUGCGUGUGACAAAAUAAACCCAUUUCUGAUUUCCCCACAAGAUUAUUGCAAUCAGGCCUAUUUUCUCAUUCACCUAAUUUUUUAAAAAAAUUAUUUUUAGUAUUGUUCUAAAUUUGCUGUAGACAAAAUAAUGGAGGAUUCCUUCAUAGUGACUGCUUGUCUCUUGAAAGAGAAGAAAUUGGGUGACAGUUUCUGUGUAACAUGGUAUCAGGUUUUUUUUAUAGUUGGGGGGAAAAGUCUUAUCAAUGAUAGCUGAACCCUUCAACUGCCUAAGCAGUUUAGAACUUGAAAAGCUAGUGUGAUCAUCAAUUGGCUGUGAUUAUAGUGGUAGUGAAAUGUUAUUUACCUGUUUUAUUACAAUGUUUCAUUGUUUUAUUUAUGCAGAAUGAUUAACUUCCAGAUUAUUGCAAAAACAUUUAUUUUAAUGGUUCUGAGUGCAUUUUCAAUAAGUAGACUGUUAAGGAAUUGUCAUAGCGCAGUUCCAAUGAAGUUAUUGGAUCAUCAGGAAAAAUGUUGAUUUGGCUAUUUAUAGUUUAAGGGCCAAAGGUACUUUUAUUGCCUUUUUCUUGUCAUGACUCAAGGCACCUCUUGGCCAUUGGGCUUGAAAAGUGUGCUUGGGCAAAAGUGAAGAGUGAAAUCAUUUCAUUUCAUUUAUAAAUAAAUAAACUAUGAUGACUAUACAGUUUGGAGUCACAUCGAGGGCUACUGUUCAAUUCUACAUUUCAUGGAGUGGCAAGAGAAUCCUUUUUGUGAAAACAAAAAGCCGUCACAUUGCACCCAUUGUUAAGUUGUCAGGAUUACAGCUUUCUAGGAUUAGUUUAAUAGUCAAUUUAAAUGCAAUCCAACAAUUAUCACACCAGACUGAGUCCUGUACAAAGUCAUUUUAAAAAAAACUAUUUACUAUAGAAAAAAGUUGGGGGAA